GUUGUCGAUUAUAAUUUAUAUUGGAAUAAUUUUUUAAGUUUAAUAUACAUUGAUGUCUCAUCGAUCGAUUCCAAACAAGACAUACUUAUAGAUAUAAUGAAACUCAAUGACCAAAACGUGUCUACGAAACUAAUAGCAACGUACAAUUUAAGAAAGGAUACUGUAUAGCAACAUGGCAAUGUAACUAAACCGACAUAGGUAACAUGUAACAUUGUCCAUGACUAUAUUAUUGACAACAAUCUUUGUUUUAUUGCAGUUGCAACAAAGGAGUUAUACUACAGCUUUCUCAGUCAUGAUGAACACAAAAAGAAACGUGAACACUCAAAUGACAACUGUCUUCAACUUAGCAAAAGACACCGUGUUGUUUCUUGUGUUAUCCUGUUAUUACAUUCUGGAGUCGAUAUUUUGGACCUUAGUCCCUAAUGCUUUAAGGUCUAUGAAAAGUCUUAAAGGAGAUGUGGUUCUAGUCACCGGGGGCGGAGGCGGAGUGGGGAGACAUCUAGCGGUUAAGCUUGCGAGGCUCGGUGCCAAGGUUGUUAUCUGGGAUAUUAGUGUAGAAGGGUUACAGAAAACGUGUCAAGCCGUCACGGACGAAGGCUAUGAAAUAACGAGUUAUGUCGUCGAUCUCGCGGACAGAACUGCAGUUUACACUACGGCGGAAAAAGUAAAAAAAGAGGUGGGCAAAGUUGAUGUAUUGAUCAAUAACGCGGGCACAGUGUUCGGUUACACACUCUUGGAGCUCACAGACGCAGCGAUCGAAACAACAUACAAAGUCAACAUCCUCUCACACUAUUGGACAGUUAAGUCCUUCUUGCCAGAUAUGAUACAGACUGGCAAGGGUCACAUCGUUACGGUCGGCUCCGUGGCGGGCUUACUCGGCACUUACCGCUGCACCGAUUACAGCGCCACGAAGUUCGCCACAGUCGGCUUCCACGAGAGCUUAUUUACGGAACUCAGGGCACAUGGCCAUAACACGAUACACGCGACUCUUGUAUGCCCGUCGUACAUAAACACGGGCAUGUUCGAUGGCGCUACCCCACGGCUGGUGCAAAUGCUCGAACCGGAUUACGUUGCCGAAACCAUGAUAGAUUCCAUUCGCAAAAACGAGGUCAACUGCGUCAUGCCUGGCUCAGUCAGAUACCUGCUACCGCUGAAGUGCUUACUCCCCGCAAAAAUGUGUUGGGAUUUAAUGUAUCGAGUCAUGAAAGGGCCACAAUCUAUGAUGGGAUUCGCAGCUAAACCGAAAGUCUCAUAAUUGUUUCAAUUACGUGUUCCAUAUGGACAAAAAAUAUCUACGUAGCAAAGUUCGUAGUGUGGGUAAAUACCUACAUCUACAAUAUUUGUAUACAGGGCUUGUAAAGAGAUUUUAUUGUUAGGUAUAUAGAAGUAGUUCUACUUAAGUUUUUUUAGUAUUAGUUUUAUAUGUUUUCAGUCAUUUACUAAUUAAAACAAUCCUUCUACGUGCAAAAUAAGUAUUUGUUUUUAAUCAGUGCACAAAAUUUUUCUACUACACGUACAAAUUAACAUGACACCCUGGCACAAAACUCCAUACUCCGCCGUCGUCAAGUCUGCGAUUUAGCGAUAAAUAUAGUUAUUUAUUACUGUUGUUAUUUUUAUCGGAUUUUUUUUACGUUUGGCCGUUUUUUGUUAAGUUAUUCUUAAGAUUAAAUUUAUUACAUUACCUUGUUUGUUUCUAAAAUAUAUUAUCAUGUUCGAAAUUACAAGUUUUUGGCACAUUGUACUUUACACAAACGGCAUUAUAACCAGUGCAUCAUGUUAUUACGGCUGUAGACAGUAAGGAAAAUAAACACAAAUUAUUUUUUCUGGUAAUGUUUAAUAUACUAUUACCGAUAAUUACGCUGUUAUGCUUAAUAUAUUUAUAAUAUUGCUUAAAUGAAUUAUGACAAAAACAAAUAUUUUAUACACGUUUUCACGUGACUUCUAACAGCGUGUGACGUCAAGACUACUCAUAUCAGGACUUAGAGAAUUGAACAUUAUGUAUAUGUCGUGGCCAGAUCGUAGAAUUUCCCAAUUCGUGAUGGAGCCGGUCUUUCAUGAAAUGG